AUGCCGAUCGAAUUUGUUUGCAAAAUCAAAUUUGCAGAGGAGGAUGAGAAACAGAAAGGCAAGCAGGAGGGUGACAAGGAGAGCCUGAUCGAGGAGAGCUGCACUCCUCCGUCCAAGGACCUGGCCGGCUUUGCCAGCUCCUGCUCCCUGCACGGGAUUAACCACAUCUUCGUGUCCGGCCGCCUGGGCGUGCGCCAGACCCUCUGGGCGCUGGCCUUCCUCGCGUCCCUGGCCUUCUUCCUGUACCAGGCAGCCAAGUGCGCCAUCUCUUACCUGGAGCACCCGCACGUGACGGCGCUGAGCGAGGAGGCCAGCCGCGAGAUGGUCUUCCCCGCCGUCACCAUCUGCAACAUCAACCGUUUCCGCUUCUCGGCGCUCACCGACGCCGACAUCUAUCACCUGGCCAACCUCACGGGGUUGCCGCCCAAGAACAAGGAUGGCCACAAGCCUACCGAUCUGGAGUACCCUGCCCCCGACAUGCAGGACAUCUUCAACCGCACGGGACACCAGCUGGAGGAGAUGCUCAAGAGCUGCAACUUCAGCGGGCAGAACUGCUCGGCCGACGACUUUGCCGUGGUCUACACCAGAUACGGGAAAUGUUACACUUUCAAUGGGAACAAGACCAUGUUAAGGAAAACAAAGCAAGGUGGGAUGGGAAACGGCCUGGAGAUCAUGCUGGACAUCCAGCAGGAUGAGUAUCUUCCCAUCUGGAAGGAGACAAAUGAGACGUCUCUGGAGGCGGGGAUCCGAGUGCAGAUCCACAGCCAGGACGAGCCCCCGUACAUCCACGAGCUGGGCUUUGGUAUCUCGCCCGGCUUCCAGACAUUCGUCUCUUGCCAGGAGCAGAGGCUGACCUACCUGCCUCAGCCGUGGGGAAACUGCCAGGCGAACUCGGAGAAGCUCAUCCGGGGAUACGACACCUACAGCAUCAGCGCCUGCCGGCUGCAAUGCGAGACCAGCGAAGUGGUGAAGCACUGCAACUGCAGGAUGGUCCACAUGCCAGGAAACACGACCAUCUGUCCCCCGAACAAAAUCAAGUGUGUGGACGACGCUCUGGUCAUGCUGCAGAAAAAGUCCAGCAGCUUCUGUCCGUGCCAGACUCCCUGCAGCCUGACCCGCUACGGCAAGGAGCUCUCCAUGGUGAAGAUACCCAGCCGAGGCUCGGCAAGAUACCUCGCCAAGAGGUACAACAAGUCCGAGGAGUACAUCAGAGACAACUUUCUUGUUCUGGAUAUUUUCUUUGAAGCUCUAAAUUAUGAAACCAUUGAACAGAAGAAGGCAUAUGAUGUGGCAUCCUUACUGGGCGACAUUGGCGGACAGAUGGGAUUGUUCAUCGGUGCCAGUGUUCUGACGAUCUUGGAAAUCUUUGACUACAUCUACGAGGUGGUCAAGGCCAGACUGCUGCGUUUGGUGAAACCACAGAAGAAGGAAGAGAAGAAGGAUGAGAAAGGUGAUCAGAAGAACGCAGUCGCCACCAUCAGACUGGACGACAUCAAAUCUAAGGAGUCCAGCGGACCAACGAGGAGUCACGCGGAGGGGGCGUCCUACCCCACAGGGAUGCUCCCAAACCACCACCACCAUGCACAUCGCGGGCUUUUUGAGGAUUUCGCCUGCUAGGACUCCACCCCCAGCACCCACCCUGGACCCUGUGGCCUUGGCGGCCAUUUUGAAGAAGAAUUAGAUAGAAGAAAAGUUCUUUCAGUGCUGGAUCUGAGCUCAGUGACAGGCCGCAGAGCGUGGGAGCUCAGCACACACUUCUGCCACCAGUGAAAGCUACAGCCAAAGUGGAGCGCUGCAUUCGGACGGCGCCGAUGGAGCACCGUGGCUCCUCCCUGCCGGCCGCCGACUGCCGGACACUCGCAUCCUCAUCCUCCUCUCCAAGGAUGCUGUUCCCGUGGCUGCAAUUUCUAUACCAAUGAUUUUGCUACUGGCCCUGCCAGAGGUGCGCGAAAUAACUGCAUGUCACCUUGACCCCGUCUAUUCUGGAAAAAAAAAAAAAAACAAAAACAAAAACCUUUCUCAUACUCUUAAUUUGAUACGCAUCGAUGAAUCGAAAUUCACGCAGUAUUUUUUAUGUUGGUCGGUAUUUUAAUUAAUUAUUCCAUCAUAUUAACACAUAUGUUUAGUGCCCCUUGUAGCCCAUAUGUCUUCCAUCUCCCAAGAUGCCAUUUUGAGCCUGGAUUACGUUAAUUAUGGGAGCCACACUUUACAGUUAACAUUAUCAUUUUUGUUUGUUUCAUUUUAAAAGUACAGCAGUACAUAGUAUAAAAAUAUAAAUAUUAACAAUUGUAUUACAGAGGAACUUUUGUAAUUUUACGUUAG